AUGAAGUUCGGGAAAUAUCUCGAGGGGAGACAAUUGGAAUUGUCAGAAUAUAAUGGACACUUCAUCGAUUAUAAAGGUUUAAAAAAAUUGAUUAAACAAUUGGCUAUCCCUGUGUAUCCAAAUGCUGAGUCAAAUUCUGCAGAUUUAUUAUUGGAUCAAAGCCAAACCAGCAUUGAUAAUGAUGACGAUGUGACAGAUUUUAAUAAUCCUGUAUUUUAUCGUAGAUUACAAGAAAACAAGGCAUCUUUUUUCUUUAGAUUAGAGAGAGAAUUAGAGAAAGUAAAUUCAUUUUAUUUGGAGAAAGAAGCAGAUUUAAGAGUUCAAUUUAAUAUUUUACAAUCCAAAUAUAAUAACUAUAAAAAAUCUGGUAGAUUAAGUUCAAGGAUGGCUAUUUCAUUUAAGGCCAUAUAUGGUGGAUUUAUUAAAUUUCAAAAAGAUUUAAGUAAUUUUGAACAAUUUGUGGAAUUGAAUAAAACAGGGUUUUCAAAAGUUUUGAAAAAAUGGGAUAAAAGAUCACAUUCUCAAGAAAAAGAAUUUUAUUUAGCCACUGUCGUGUCUGUACAACCGAUAUUUGCAAGAAAUGAAGCUUUGAAAUUGAAUGAUGAAACAUUAAAUAUUUUGAUUGAAUUGAAUGAUGUUAAUAAUAAUAAUACUAUGUUAUUGGUGAGGGAUUCUCCAAAUAAUAGUAAAAAUGAGGAUACUGAUACACAGCAAUUAGUGGAACAUGGAGAUACCGGUAGGAUUAUAAGUAAUAAUAGUGUAUAUAAUGAAAGAAGCGAAUCUGGCCUAAUUGAUCAUAGAGAUAUUCGUGGUAGUAAACUGACACAAACAUUAAAUGUAUUGAAUUUAAAACCAAUAAAUAAUAAACAGAACAUUAUGAAUUAUUCAGUAAACCCAUUAGAAUAUUUUGACUGUGAUACAAAGAUUGAAAAUUGGUAUAUCGAAUUAUUAAAUAUUGCUAAGUUGAAAGAUGACGAUAGAAGAUCUAAAGCGUUGGGUAAUUUUACUGUCAUUAAGAUAGAACAAUCUAUUAAUGAUAGCAAUUUAACUGAUAAAGUUACAUUUUUAACUAAAUGUGUUUCCAGAUUAUUUCUUUUAUUGAUUAGUUCUAUCAUUGAUGAUGCCAGUUUACAAAUUUUUUACGAAAGUUCUAAAUCAAAUAUAGAUUUACUAUACAAUGGAAACGAUGAAGAAGAAUUUACAAAGAGAAAUAUUAUGCAUGAAGCGAUGCAUUCUUCUUUUCAACAAAGAACAUUUAUUAUUCAGGUAUGUAUGGACACUCUGGAGUUAGGUACUUUAAAACAAUUAAUUAAUGGUCAAGAUAUUUAUUUAAGAACACCAUUACAUUAUGCGGCAGAGUUAGGAAAAUUAGACUCUGUAAAACGCAUUAUAAAUUCAACUUUAGUGGAUACAAUUGAUGAUGUAGAUAACAAUUCGAAGAGUCCGUUAAUAUUAUCGAUCAUUAAUAAUCAUAACGAAAUUACAGAAUUCUUAUUAGUAUUUGGUGGUGCUUCAGUCGUUCCUAAAUUUACAGAACAAAUGGGUCCUCAAUUCUCACCAUUAUGUGUCGCUUGCAAAUAUAAUAAUUUAGAGGCAACUAGACUACUUCUAAAAUUACGUGAUGAACGUGGCAUAGGUUUGAAAGAUUCAUCAGACCCUGAGGCAGCAGAAGCAUUACAUAUCGUGGCGAAAAAUGGUGGGAAUAAUGAAUUGAUUGGUGCAUUAAUAUCUCACGGUGCAAACCCCAAUGGUGUAGAUAACUUUAAUAAAUGGACUCCAAUAUUUUAUGCUAUUCAGGAAGGUAAUGCCGCUUCGGCAAAAAUGUUAUUAGAUCAUGGUGCAAGAUUAGAUGUCAAUGAUGAGGACGGUAGAAGUCCUCUGUUUUAUACUCUUUGGGAUAGUCACAUUGGUGUAUUGAAUGCUAUUUUACCGUUUGUUAAUCAACAAGAUAAACUGGAACCAAUUGCAGAGAUUGGGCUGACUGUUAUGCAAAAUAACGAUUUACCUGAUGAUUUGGAUGAAUUAGAAGGUUCAUUGGAACACAUCCCGGAUUUUGAAUUACCUCCACCUAUUAUUCCUUUAAGAAAGUAUGGUCAUAAUUUCUUAGAAAAGAAGAUAUUUAUUAAAUUAGUAUUUAAAGAAGGUGUUAAAUGUAUUCAUUUUAACAAUAAUGACACAUUAGAAUUAACCCAACCAGGAAGAAUGACAAUUACAUCCAAUUUAUCUGAUAUUGUCCCUCGUAAUAUAAUAUUUUCUGUCGGAGAAAAUUCAGAUUAUGAUGAAUCGAAGACCAAGAAUUAUGAAGCUACAUUCUUAAUUGAUACGUUAGAAAAUUUCUCGAUUGAUUUCGAAAUUUUUGCAUCAUUUGGAACAAGAUUAUUAGCAAAGACCACAGCAAUGUCUCAUUUCUUCACUAAUGAUUUAGUAUCAAGUAUGAGAGAUGUUACACUUUCUUUAUUUGACCAUAGAUUAAAUUGUGUUGGUAGUUUAGAGGUACAAUAUCAAGUUAUUUUACCAUACCUAGCUAAACCGUUGCAAAUAACAAAAUAUGAACCUUAUUGGAAAUCUACGGGUAACAAUAAUAACAAUAGUAACCAUAUUUCAAACAUCAUGGGACUUGAUCAUCAAAGUGCUGUUUCGGACAAAACAUUUAAUUCAGUUCAAUCCACUAUUGUCACUUCUUCGUCACUUGAAGGUGUUUUCAUUAGUAUUAAAGUAUUUGCAUUGAAUGAUGGUACAAUUGUCGCUUCACCAAAUUUUUAUGUUGACAUACAUGGAACUAAUAUUUUGAUUAAUGAUUUGAGUAAACCACAAUUAGAAAGAUUAUGUGGUUAUAGAAUAGAUGAAAUCGAUAAUGAUCUAUCGUUUGCCGCUGGGAAUGAUGAUAAUGAAAAAAUUCUUUCCUUGUUUAAAAAGUUAAUUAGUUCCAAGAUAUUUCAAUUCGAAACAUUGCUGAAAGCUAUCCCUAAAUCCAUUCAAUUGGUGGUUCAAGUUUGUUUCCCAACAUUGGGAGAGAUCGCAAAUGUGCCAGUAAAGAUAUCUCCAUAUGUUACUAUAAAUAAAUUCAUUGAUGAUAUACUAUAUAUCAUUUUUGAACAUGAACGUACUCUACGUCAUUCGGGGCAAAGUAUUAGAUCUAUUGUUUUCAGUUCAUGUAAUUGGCAAGCAUGUUCAAUUCUAAAUUGGAAACAACCAAAUUUCCCUGUUUUAUUGAGAAUGAACACUUUAAGUAAAUCUGGUGAAAUAUUUAUUGGAGAUACGCCACAUCGUUUGAAAUCUGUCACUAUACAGAGAAAUUGUAUCGAUACACCAACGUAUAACGAAAAUGAAACGGACGUAAGUAAAGUAACUGACCAACAAAAUCGUUGUAUGGUCGUAGAUGACAACAGUCCUAUCUGUAUUCAUAAUAUGGUUAGGUUCGCUAUCAGUAAUAAUCUUUUAGGGGUAAUUAUUCCUUACGAACUUUUACGGUUAUGUGAAAUUUUAAAUACUGUUAUUAAGGGACAAGAAUUAUUACUAAUUGGUUCAAGUCAGGACAGUAAUGAUUUAAUGAAAGAGGACAAAGAUAUCAAUGGUCGUUAUUCUGACGCAGAAUUGAUAUUCAAUUAA